AUGGAUGAAGAAGAGGUUCAUAUCGCGAUCGGGAAGAACUUCAGAAAGGAGAAAGCUAACAUACUAUGGGCUGCUGCAAAUUUCCCAAGGGCUACCAUAGUUCUUGUCCACGUUCAUUGGCCAUCCAAGUGGAUGCCCUUCAUGGGUGGAAAGCUGCUAUACAAGUUUGCAGACGAAAAGGAGAAGGAGAUGCAUAGAGGUAGAGAAACGGAAGCAAUGGUCAAGAUGCUAUCACAAUAUAAAAGCCUAUGUGAUGAUACAAGAGAGGUUAGGGCACAUUACCUUACACAUGAUGACAUUCUUACUGGUGUUGUAAACCUGGUAAAGAAGCUCAAAAUCAAGAGAAUUGUCAUCGGGUCAAGGAACAUGUCAAAGAAAGCGGUUCUUCGUAAAUGCUCUCAGGUUUGGGUGGUGAUUAAUGGCAAAUAUCUGUCCACUAGCAAUGAUCAUCUGGAGCAUACUGGAGGCACUGGAUAUGGAGGGAGCUCUGAGUUUUUGCCAUCUAUGCAUGAGCUGAGCGACGAAUCUGAUGGCUAUGCAACACCAUCAAGUGAUUUUUAUGUAUCAUUUCAGGAAGACGAUGUCAUGGACGAGGAUGGGGUGAUUCCAAUGGAUGGUGAUGAACAAUUGGAAAAGUAUGAUGUGCAGGAAGCUGAACAAGACAUUGAGGAAAUAAAUGCUUCUGAGGAAGUGGGCAAAAUUUCUGGUGAUGGCAUACGGAGUUCCAGAAAUAUGAGUGAAGAGUCUGAAAAAUUGAUGGAGGAAAUGGAAAAACUACAAAGGAGAUUGAAAGAGCUGCAAGACGAGGGGCAUAAUCAUGAAGAAAGCAUCUUGUCGCCAAGAAGAAAGAAUGUAUUGUUGAUGGAGAAAACGUUACCAAAACAAAGAUACCCAGAGCUGCAAAUCCCAGAACAUAUUGUGCAGUACUCCAUGUCGCGUAUUGGGAAAGCGACCAAUAACUUCUACUCAAGAAACCUCAUAGGGGAAGGAGGCUAUGGCCUAGUGUACAAAGGAAAACUAGGUGGCGUGCCAGUGGCUAUCAAGCUGUUGAGACCCCAUGGUAAACCCCAUGGUAGACAAGGUUUUCCAGAGUAUCAGCAGGAGGUCGUUGUGCUGAGCAGAGUCAAGCACCCACACAUCGUGAAGCUGAUCGGCGUGUGCCCGGAAUCAUGCGGCCUCGUCUACGAGUACCUCCCCAACGGCACACUCAUGGAUGGGCUCUCCAAGGGGCUUCCAUGGAAGGACCGUAUCAGGAUCCUCGCCGAACAGCGUUCCGCGCUGGCGCACCUACACUCCAGCCGGCCCAACGCCAUCAUCCAUGCGGACCUGAAGUUGACGAACAUCCUCCUCGACGCCGGGAACGUGAGCCGGCUAGGAGACUUCGGGACGGCGCGCGUCGUGCAGAUGAAGCCGCUGGAGGAGGACACCAUCUGCCGGCGGACGAACCCGAUGGGCACGAUGGGGUACAUGGACCCCGUCUUCUUCACGACAGGCGAGCUCACCGCGGAGUCGGACGUCUACGCGUUCGGCGUGGUGAUCCUGCAGGUCCUCACAGGGCUGCUCGACCUCAACAUCGUCGAGCAGGUGCAGGAAGCGAUGAAGAUGGACGCCGCACACGGCCUGCUGGACGCGUCUGCCGGCACCUGGCCAGAGGUGCAGGCGGAGCGGCUCAUGCGGCUGGCGCUGAGGUGCUGCAACCUGGAGCGGAACCGGCGGCCAGCUGCCACCUCCGACGCCGAGUGGCGAUCGCUGGACAUCCUGCGGACCAUGGCAACUGCAAGUAAAUCCCGGAAAUGGAGUCAUGCAAACUGA